AUGGACGCGUCCACGCCUAAAUCGACCAAGUCUUCUCGGCGGCGCGACACCGCCACCGACGACAGCCGACUGGAGAGAAAGAGGAUCCAGGACCGCUUGGCCCAACGGGCCACGCGCGAGAGGACCAAGAACCGUAUCGCCUACUUGGAGCAGCGUCUCAGCAGCCUCGAGUCAGGCGACAGAGACGGCGAAAUCGCCAACCUGACCCGCAUUAUCGACGGCUUGCGCAGUGACAACUACCGCCUGCGCAAUGCAUUGGUCAAGAUGCGGAGCGUCAUUGACCAAGCGGUGCGGACUGCCGAUGUCUCCUCCGUGAGCGGUGGUGAGGAUGCUCAGCCAGACAACACCACCACCACCACCACCACCAAGCCCUGUGGAUGCAGCGUGCAGUCCCCUUGCACUUGUGCUCAGACACCAUUCACCGCAGCAGGAGGAGGCGCUCCUCCAGCGACGGUAGGAUUCGAAGAUCCCAGUGCGGCCUUUCGUCACACGUCCGUGUCCUCGACCGACACGACGUCAGAGGUCACCGAGGUGAUCAACAGCCAGAGUCUGGGCUUGAACGUGGACGUGACACAGCCGGAUCCCGCCAUGGGCUCGGCGCCGGGCUUGGAGGACUUUUUCGACUUCAGUCCGAACUCGCUGCUGGAGAUGUUUGAGAUGGGCAGCACCAAUGGUUUCAACGGGUGGCAGCCCCAAACGCCCUCACCGUUCGACUAUCGCUUUCCUUCGUCCGAUGCCGUGGUCAAGGUCGCCCCGGACGUGGACAAGUGGCACGUCUCCAACGGGGCCUUCAUCAGCUGCUUGGACAGCGUCAAGCAUCAGACGGCGUCGACCGCCACCCUCGACAUGCAUGUGCCGUUCAAGGCGGCCAUCUGGGGAUGGGACAAUGUCGGCCCGGAAGCCCAGCACCCGGUGUGGAAUGCGCUGCGGCAGGUCGACCAGAGAGUUUUUGGCACAUGGACGUCCAAAGCGCAGAGGAUCGCCUUGAUGUACGUCUGCCAAACACUAAUCCAAUACCGAGAGAAUCCGAUCAAAGAGAACCUGGAACGGGUCCCCGUCUUCCUGCGACCGAGACCGUCACAAGAAAAGAUCCAACAUCCAGCCGUGAUAGAUUUUCUGAUAUGGCCCGGACUUCGCGACCGCCUCGUCUUCGAGCACAAGAAAUACACGUCGACGGGCGACUUCUCGGCCGCCUUCGUCGAAAACUUCAAUUUCCACUGGCCCUACUCGGACCGCGACAUCUUCGCCUACAACCCGGUCCAGAACCGUUACGAGGUGUCCAAGAUCUUCCUCGAGUACGCGUACAACUUCAAGAACUGGACCAUGAGGCCGGGAUUCUUCAAGAAGUUCCCCGAGAUGCAGCACGACAUCGCCGCCUUUGAGGGGACCAUGGAUUUUCCCAAGGCGAGCUGGUCGGUCUGA